UGCUCGACCAGGCAGGAGUGUGCAGCACGCGCCGACGCUCUUUAUCUCUGUUUAACCUCCAAAAACACAUUCAAAAUUUUCGAAAAUCCCUCCCAAAAUGGACACACCCUCUUCCUCUCAAACUGCCUUCGCUGCCGACGAGUGGGAGCUCUGCAGCGAAGACGGCUUCAUCUACAAACGUGAGAAGCGCGGCCGCGUUCUCAUCGAACCAGCAUCAGCACCGGCUGAUCCUGAGGAAGAGGAGCAACGAAGGAGAGAGUGGAAGAGGAAAAGUCUUCUCAGAGUGAAGGAGAAGUACAAGAAAGAGAUAGAGGAGUGGGUGGUUUUGUCGAAAACUUUGAAGGAAAUGCAAGAAAAGGCUUUAAGGUUUCAAGUUCAACAGCAAGAAAGAAGGAAAUUGAGAAAGACAGAAGAGGAGCAGAGAACGGCGUCGUUUUCAAGGUCGGAGAUAAAAGAUAAGGAUAACGCUUAUGGCUCUUCGGUUGAUGAGCUCCUUUUGCAGGCAGAAGCUCAAGAUAUGAUAAUUCGUGAUGUUUCAAAUUUGUGUGACAUAGGAGAAAAACUGUGUGAUGCGCAAGAGGAGCAAUUGAAGCAAUCUUAUUUUGAUCUUCCAAUUUGGGCAUCGCCGCGUGACCUAAUGGCAUCGCUUUGUGACGAUUGCCAACUUAUGUUGUAUCAAUGUGGGGAUAAUAUAGGGGUUCCACUUUUAGGCUUAAGAGGAUCAACAGGUUAUGCAUCAUUGAUGGUAAGGAGACAUUAUGGAGUUGAACAGUUUAUUCCUAUGACAUACAAGCUUAGCUAA